UUCCGCGUAUUUGAGUGUCCACUUGGCAUGAAAACUGGACUUCUCUUUCUUCGAGCUUCAACUACUCACUCUAAAGAUUACAUUUUUGAUAACUUUUUUCGUUAUUUCUUCAACUACAACUCAGUUUUGACGUUUUUAAUGCAUUUGGAUUCGUGAACUUUCACUUCUUCCAGGAAAUCUCUCAGGUUUUCUCAACAUUUUAUUCUAUGUUCAGCUCUUGUUCAAAUCUUCCACUUUUUCUUUUUUAUCUUUUUUUAUUUUAAUGGUUUGAUUUGAAAGAUUAGUGAAUUUUGUUUAAUACUGAAAAUCUGAUCUGGGAUUUUGAUAUAAUGAUUGGAGAAGUAGAAAACAUGGAAUUUUUCUUUAAACAAAUUGUUAAAGGAGCUUAAUUUGGAUCUUUAAGAGUGAUUAAAGAAUUGGUUUGACUGAUUACUUUAUCUAUAUUACAACUUUAUAUUUUAAUAAUGUAAGUUUUUUAUAAGGACUUUUGUUUUAAAGCAAGAUUUUGUUCAAGUAAAUUUGUAACUGUAAAAUGAGUUACUGGGAUUGUCUUAUCGUGGGGGCUCUUGGUCUGGCUUCUUUGUCUUGAAAGUUUCUUGGCUUCGUAUAUAUGUUUCUGGGUUCAUUGAACAGUUCACAUACAAGGAAAAAGUUGUGUGAAAAGUACCAAUAAUGGUUAUGUGCAUGAUUUUGAUUUUGGGGCUAUUCUGAGAAUCAAAAUACUUGUUCCAAUCCUCCAUCAUGCCUUUGUUUGAGCUAUAUCGUAUGAGUAAAGAGAAGCUUGAUUCAUCAAAGGAGGAUAAGAACCCUACAUCAGCUGAUUUAUCUUUCGAACCUGAGAAUGACUUUGUUGAACUAGUAUGGGAGAAUGGUCAGAUUUUGAUGCAGAGCCAGUCUAGUAGGAGCAGAAAGAGCCCUAUAUCAAAUAGCUUACCAUCUCAUUGUUUACCAUCUCACGCCACCAAGACAAGAGAAAAAGAUAUGGUAAAUGGCACCAAUACAAAGAUGGGAAAGUUUGGGACAAUUGACUCUGUAUUGAAUGAGAUUCCUAUGGCGGUGCCAUCUGGUGAAAUGAGUUUGAAUCAAGAUGAUGACAUGGUUCCUUGGUUGAAUUAUUCUAUCGAUGAAUCUUUACAGCAUGAAUACUGUUCAGAUUUUUUGCCUGAGUUAUCUGUUGUCACUGGAAAUGAUCUCUCCACCCAGAAUAAUUUUGCAUCGUUUGAUAAGAGAAGUAGUGGCAGUCAGUUCAAUAGAGAAUUCAAUACUGUUUCAGUACAUAAUGAUGCAAGUUUAGAACAUGGGAAUGGGUUGAAGAUUUCGUCAGUAGGAGGUGGUGAGCCGACGAGACCAAAGAGUAGUACUAGUCAAUUAUACCCAUCGUCAUCUCAGCAAUGUCAGACCUCAUUUCCUUAUCUUAGAUCAAGAGUUCCUGAUAGUAUUGGCAAUAGUUUGAAGAAUUCAACCCACAAUUCUGUUUUUGGUGGUUCUGCUCCUAGUUCAUCUGGCAGUUUUCCAGGCAUAAAGAUGCAGAAGCAAGAUCCAAGGAUGCCUACUAAUAGCACUGGUCUGAUUAACUUUUCUCAUUUCCAACGACCUGCUGCUCUUUUCAAAUCUAAUCUUCAGAAUAUCGGUUCAACUCCUGGUUCUGGGCCAUCGAGGAUAGAAGGGAUGGGUAGUAAGGAUAAGGGGCCCGCUGCAAGUGGUAGCAAUCCUGUUGAAUCCACACUUAAUGAUUUGAGUAGUGGUUUAAGGAAAGGAACAAGUUCCAAUUACCAACCCACGGUUGCACUGUCCAAGGUUGAUGUAAAACCAUCUGAAGUGAAGCCUCCUGAGGAACCAGUUGUUGCUGAACCGUGUGAGGCUAUAGGCCAAGAAGAUGCAUCAAAGAAUGAUAAAAGCCAUACUCAAGUUAUUGGUGAAAGUGAGGCUCUAGGCCAAGAAGAUGCAUCAAAGAAUGAUAAAAGCCAUACUCAAGUUAUUGGUGAAAGUGCAACUAAAGGACUGUUGGAUAGUGAGAAGACUGUAGAGCCUGUAGUUGCUGCUUCUUCUGUUUGCUCUGGCAACAGUGUAGAGAGAGCUUCAGAUGAUUUAACACAUAAUUUGAAGAGAAAACAUCAUGACACUGAGGAUUCUGAAUGUCCUAGUGAGGAUAUUGAAGAAGAAUCAGUGGGUGUAAAGAAAACAGUCACUGCUCGAGUAGGUACAGGCUCUAAGAGAAGCCGAGCUGCAGAAGUGCAUAAUUUAUCUGAAAGGAGGCGAAGGGAUAGGAUUAAUGAAAAGAUGCGUGCUUUACAAGAACUUAUACCAAACUGUAAUAAGGUGGACAAAGCUUCAAUGCUUGACGAGGCCAUUGAGUAUCUGAAAACACUUCAACUUCAAGUUCAAAUUAUGUCAAUGGGAGCUGGUUUGUAUAUGCCACCAAUGAUGUUUCCAUCAGCAAUGCAACAAAUGCGUGCAGCUCAUAUGGCUCAUUACUCGCAGAUGGGUAUUGGAAUGGGAAUGGGUGUUGGCUAUGGAAUGGGUAUGCCUGAUAUGAAUUGUGGAACUUCUGGUUAUCCAAUGGUUCAGGUGCCUCCAAUGCAUGGAGCACAUUUCCCAGGCCCACCAGUGUCAGGACCCACUGCUUUACAUGGGAUGGCAGGAUCUAACUUCCAGCUGUUUGGGCUUCAUGGUCAAGGACAUCCCAUCUCAAUGCCACAUGCACCCUUUCCUUUAUCAGGAGGGCCUAUUAUGAAGCCAGCCAUGGGACUAAAUGCCUGUGGCACGGGAGGUCCUAUGGAUAAUUUGGAUUCAGCUACAGGCUCGACCUCAAAGGAUCUGAUGCAGAGCAACAGUUCUCAAGCAAUGCAGAACACCGCUACUGAUAGUUCAAUGAAUCAGACAUUGCCAAAUACCACUACCAAUCAGACAUUGCAGAACACCGCUACCAAUAGUUCAAUGAAUCAGACAUCUAAUCAGUGUCAAGCAGCAAAUGGAAGCUUAGGACAGCCUCCUGCAGUGCAAGAUAAUUGUCAAGCCUCAGAAGGUACUGGUCAUGGAGCUUUCGGCUCACCCAAGAAAAAUGACAACGUUCCUAAUAGAGCAGCCUGUUAUGAAUGAUAGCUAGUUCUGAAAAUUUUGAUUAAAUGAGAAAAAUCCAAGUUGGUUGCUAUCUCUACAAUAACCAUCUGAACUCUAAUUACGGGACAGAACAAGUACAAUAUCCACAGAUUUUGGUAUGCUGAGGACCCUCAAAAUGUUUUCUUGCGCCUGUACAUUCAUUCAUUUACUUGACACAUGAAAUAAAGCGAUGUCAAAGAGUAGAAUACGUAUCUCAACAGUAUUUAUUCAAAUGUUUUCCUUUGUAGAUAUUGAGUAACAUUCUUUCAACCGAUAAAAUGAUAGUAAUUUUCCAAUACAUAUCUCUCCAUCUCUUCUCUCUUUGAAUUUCUAUGAUUGGCUUAUCAUUGUUUUGAUCUUACUCAAUUUCUAUGGUUUUGUGGGUUACUUCGUUUAGUUAAGGAAGGAUGUUUUUUAUCUGUUUAUAUCUUGCUUUGACGAUCUUGAAGCAAUUUUAAGUUGCGAUAAUCAUUGUAUAGCACGAGUGCACCUUCAUAUCCAGAAAGAUGUUAUAACAUGAUAUUAUCUGCCGGCUCAUUAACAACGAUUGAGUUUCAUUCAUAAUUUUCAUUCAUAAUCGCAAGCCAAUACUCAUGUCAUAUAGGCAAUUUUUAUACUGUAGUUAUCGUUAUUUUCCCUUCAUUUUUUGGCUCAAUGAAUGUAAAUGCUUUUCUCAGUAUAUGCUCAAGUUUGUUUGUUAUGAUAGCUGUGUUAUCUUAUCUCGUAUCUGUUAGUCUUUUUCUUGAAGAUCAUUGUCCUCCACUUCAUUUUUGUACUAACUUUAGCUCUAGUAAGUGAUUCUCCAGCAAAACAGAUUUAAGGCU